GGUGGGGCGCGGCGGUGGCCGGGGGUUGGCGGGCAGUGCGGACGUGGCAGGCAGCGGGCGGGGGAGCGGCGCUUCCGGGGGAGCGGCAGGUCCGGGAACCGGAAGCGGGCCCGGCAGCAGCGCCGGGAGCGGCGGGCAGCGGCGGUGAGAUUAGUUUGGGGAUGUGAAUACAAUGAGUGUAAACCAGCAAGCUCACACAGGGCCUCCUUACGGGCAACCUCAGCCUGGAUAUCAGGGAUACCAGCAGCCUGCCUACGGAGGACAGCCAUUGCCAGGGGUUCCUCAGUCGCAAUAUGGAGCUUAUAAUGGUCCGAUGCCAGGAUAUCAACAGCCAGUCCCUCCGCAAGGUUACUUUCCUUCCUUGGGGUUCCCUUUGAAGGGCUCUCCUGUAUCUCUCAACUCUGACACUUCUUCUCUUGCACCUAAUUUCAUAGGUUCAUUAAGAGCCCCUCCAACAUCUGGAGCUCCCCCUCCAGCCUCUGGGGCAUCUCUUCCUUCUGGCCAUCUGGCAUACAGUCAGUUUGGACAUGGAGAUGUGCAGAAUGGGAUUCCAGCCUCAGCAGCCCCGAUGCAGAGGCCACCUGCUUCUCAGCCGUUUCUGCCAGGCUCAGCACCCACGCCUGUCAGCCAGACAGCUACGUUCCAGCAAUAUGGUCCACCCCCAGCAAGUGUACAGCAGCUCAGCAAUCACAUGGCAGGGAUGACAAUUGGCAGUACUACAGCCUCUGCUCCUCCCCCAGCUGGACUCGGCUAUGGUCCCACAACAUCGGUUCCCCCAGUCUCAGGAAGCUUUAGUGCAACAGGAUCUGGUCUCUACACACCUUACACUGCGAGCCAAGGACCCUCUCCUACCAGUGUGUCUCAGGGUCUUCCUUUGGCACAGCCUCUGUUUCCUGGUCAACCGAUGUCAACUCAACGCCUACCUACUCAAGUCCCUGGUUUUGCCCCACCUCCCUCUUCUGCAGGGAUUGGACCUUCCUCUUACCCUCCUAGCACAGGUGCCCCAAGGCCACCUACCAUGCCAGGCCCACCACUGCCUGGGCAGACAGUUGCUGGACCACCAACGUCCCAGCCUAAUCAUGUAUCCUCACCACCACCUCCAUCAACUAUGUCAGGGCCGCACCCUGGGCCUCCCAUGAGUGGCCUCCAUGGACCACCUCCUCCCACUCAUCCUCCUCAGCCAGGAUACCAAAUGCAGCAGAACGGUUCCUUUGGGCAGGUGAGGGGUCCCCAACCAAACUAUGGAGGAGCCUAUCCAGGAACACCAAAUUAUGGAAGUCAACCUGGACCACCACCUCCACCAAAACGCUUGGAUCCAGAUUCCAUUCCUAGCCCUAUUCAAGUGAUUGAAGAUGACAGAAGUAACCGUGGGUCAGAACCAUUUGUCACUGGAGUGAGAGGGCAGGUCCCACCUCUUGUUACUACGAAUUUCUUGGUCAAGGAUCAAGGUAACGCAAGCCCCCGCUACAUAAGAUGCACAUCUUACAAUAUUCCCUGCACCUCAGAUAUGGCCAAACAGUCCCAAGUUCCCCUAGCUGCUGUCAUAAAACCGCUGGCGACCCUACCCCCAGAGGAGACCCUUCCUUAUUUGGUAGACCAUGGAGAAUCCGGUCCUGUCCGAUGUAAUAGGUGCAAGGCUUAUAUGUGCCCUUUUAUGCAAUUCAUUGAGGGUGGAAGGAGGUUCCAGUGUUGUUUCUGCAGCUGUGUCACUGAGGUGCCACCUCACUACUUCCAGCAUUUGGAUCAUACUGGAAAGCGAGUAGACUUCUAUGACCGACCUGAGUUAUCGCUGGGGUCUUAUGAGUUUCUAGCAACAGUGGACUAUUGCAAGAAUAACAAGUUUCCCAGUCCACCUGCUUUCAUUUUCAUGAUUGAUGUGUCUUACAAUGCUGUGAAGAGUGGCUUAGUGAGGCUAAUAUGUGAAGAAUUAAAGUCACUCCUAGAUUACCUGCCCAGGGAAGGCAACAUGGAAGAAUCAGCCAUUCGAGUAGGCUUUGUCACCUACAACAAAGUGUUACACUUCUAUAACGUGAAGAGCUCAUUGGCACAGCCACAAAUGAUGGUUGUCUCGGAUGUGGCAGAUAUGUUUGUGCCACUCCUUGAUGGUUUUCUGGUGAAUGUGAACGAGUCCAGGACAGUUAUUGCCAGUUUGUUGGAUCAGAUUCCAGAAAUGUUUGCAGACACAAGAGAAACAGAAACUGUUUUUGCACCUGUGAUUCAAGCAGGGCUGGAGGCGCUGAAGGCAGCUGAGUGUGCUGGCAAGCUCUUCAUUUUCCAUACCUCUCUGCCCAUUGCAGAGGCCCCAGGGAAGUUAAAGAACAGGGAUGACAAGAAACUGAUCAACACAGAUAAGGAGAAGACUUUGUUUCAACCACAGACAAGCUUUUACAACAACUUGGCCAAGGACUGUGUGGCCCAGGGCUGCUGUGUGGAUUUGUUCCUGUUUCCAAACCAGUAUUUGGAUGUGGCGACAUUAGGUGUAGUAACUUACCAGACAGGAGGCUCUAUUUAUAAGUACGCUUAUUUCCAGCUGGAGACAGACCAGGAUAGGUUCCUGAAUGACUUGAGAAGAGAUGUCCAGAAAGAAGUGGGAUUUGAUGCAGUAAUGAGAGUGCGCACAAGCACAGGUAUUCGAGCAACUGACUUUUUUGGAGCUUUCUAUAUGAGCAACACAACUGAUGUAGAGAUGGCAGGUUUGGACUGUGAUAAAACAAUCACAGUGGAAUUCAAGCAUGAUGACAAACUGAGUGAAGAUAGUGGUGCACUCCUUCAGUGUGCUCUGUUAUACACAAGUUGCGCGGGACAGCGACGACUCCGCAUUCACAACCUCUCCUUAAACUGUUGCACACAGCUUGCUGACCUCUACCGAAACUGUGAGACAGACACGCUCAUCAAUUACUUGGCUAAAUAUGCAUAUCGUGGCGUUCUGAGUAGUCCAGUAAAGACUGUACGAGAUGCACUGAUCAACCAGUGUGCCCAGAUCCUAGCUUGCUAUCGAAAGAACUGUGCUAGUCCCUCUUCUGCUGGCCAGCUGAUCCUUCCUGAAUGCAUGAAGCUGCUUCCUGUGUACUUGAAUUGUGUGUUGAAGAGUGAUGUCCUUCAGCCUGGUCCGGAGGUCACAACGGAUGACCGUGCCUACAUUCGUCAGUUAGUCACGUCCAUGGAUGUGGCAGAAACAAAUGUUUUCUUUUAUCCCAGGCUUUUGCCCCUGACCAAAGCAGAUGUCGACAGUGACUCCUUGCCAGCAGCAAUCCGGAACUCAGAGGAACGUCUCUCCAAGGGUGACAUAUACCUGCUGGAGAAUGGGCUAAACAUCUUUGUGUGGGUGGGAGUCAACGUGCAGCAAGGCCUGAUCCAGACCCUCUUUGGAGUGUCAUCCUUCAGUCAGAUUAGCAGCGCCUUGAGUACCCUGCCUGUCUUGGAAAACCCCUUUUCAAAGAAAGUACGAUCUAUUGUUGACAUGCUUCAAGUGCAGAGAUCCCGAUACAUGAAGUUAAUAAUUGUGAAGCAAGAAGAUAAGCUGGAAAUGCUGUUCAAACACUUUCUAGUGGAGGACAAGAGCCUAAGCGGGGGAGCUUCAUAUGUGGACUUCCUGUGUCACAUGCACAAGGAGAUUCGGCAGCUACUGAGCUAGAGGAGGGAGUGAUGCUGGAACUCAGCAGUGACAUUUCAGUCUCCACUAACGACCUGAUCAGAAGGCCCAGCGCCCUCCAAAAGGACAACAUAGAAAUCUGUACAAUUCCAUAAUUUUUAAUACACAUUGCAUAAGCAGAAAUCCUUUCAACCUCUCCCAGUCCCAUAUGAGAGAUGAAAAAUUUUCCUGGUGAGGGCUAAAAAAAAAAAAGGCCUUUGAUACCAGGUCUUUUACUUGCAUCUAAAUUGUUUCCUGUGCUUGGCAGGAGUUCACCCCCCCCAUGCUCGCUAAUCCUGUCGUAAUGAAUGUAGUUUUUUUUUGGUUCACUGUACAUGAUUCAACAUUGGGUGAAAAAGCGAUAACUCUUCAAAACUUCUGGUAGUUGCUGUGUGUUUGUAUGGGCGCGUGUGCAUGCUCCAAGUGUGAAGAGGAUGUGCAGGUGGGGAGGACAAGAGUCAGGUCAGGUGAUGGGAGCUGGAGCAGCCGAACAUUUUCUGUCUCCUCUUAAGAAGGAAUCAUGACGUUGCAGAGCACAAAUGUAUCAUGUGGCUGCCUGAACCAGAAAUCCAUGGAAAAGAGUGGUAAGCCAGGAGGCAACAGGGCAAAUUCCUUUCCACAAUCUUCCCUGUACUAUAAGUUGCUGUGCAGAUCUGUAAUGGAGUAAGUAGUAGUUCAGUGGGCAACAAUCAAUAGCUUCUGAACAGCGUAGGGGUAGAGACAGUGCUUCCCGUUGGUGUGUGUGGUGACUCCUUUCCUUCUCAUUGCACAGCUCUGUAAAGUCCUACUCAAUCCAUGUUCCAUGGCCUCUCCUGCAGAGCUUACCUGUCUAUCCAGAUGGUGGUGGGAACAAAAGCCUCUUAACCUUAAGCAGAAAAUACUUUUAACAAGGUGAUGUGGGGCUGUCUAGGAACUGGAUGAUAAGGAAGUGGCCGUUUUCAACAAUAUUAUUGUGAAUCAUAGCAAACAAGCAGGAAUUUGAUUUAUACUGAUGCAAAUUUGAGACUGCUUUGUAUCCUGGAAUACAAGGAAGGGGAUACAAAACCUAAGAUUUAGACUGUACUGUAGUAGGUAUUGCAAGUACCUGAUUUUGCUUAUUGAAAGCAUCUGGGCCAUAGUGAAGAGUUUCAUUACUGGAUGUUUAUACCCUCCCCCAUUCUACCUACUGAUCAGCUUGCACAAAACCUUUUUAUAAGCCUGUUUGUUAAACUAAAAUACCUCAGACAGAUUAAUCCAUCCACUUUGGCCACUCUGCUGCUCUAUUCUGCAAGGGUGGAUGAGCAUACUCCUGUGAAGAGGGAGCGAGUGUAAAUCAAAUUCAGAAUUCUAAGGGCUUCGUUUAUUCACUUUUGAAAGGGGGCUUGUAUAUUUUAGCUUGAACGCUUAACAAGUGUUCUUACAAUACCCAGGAGUUUAAGCUACCAGUAGCACUAAAAGUGGAAGGAAGAAUGUGGGUGGAUUAGAGAACAUAUUAUCUGGGCUUGAUAUUUCAGAGGAAAGUCCUUGUUAAGAUCAGAAAAAUAUCUGGCUGUGGUUUUAGUUCCAUAUCCUGUAGCAUGUAUAUAAAUUCAUUUUUCGUCUAAUGCUGCUAGUUUGUCUUCCCUCCCAUCACUACACAGAAAGGGGAGUAUGAAAAUUAUAAUGGAGAAACUCUUUCAAGAUGUAGUUGACAGAACCUUCAGCUUUUUUGUAUGAAUGUGGCCGACUUUUUACUCCACGUACUGCCUCCAACCAAAAAAUCUAGAGGAUUUUUAACCAGAGGGGAAAAAGAACUUCCCAGGAAUAUAAGGCACAGCAACCACAGACUUCCACAAAUACUAAUUUCUAGUAUUAAUAUUGGGGGGUGUGGGGGUGGAAAUGAAAUCAUAAAUGAACCUUUCAUUUUCUUCACUUGUUUUUCCAAUGCAUCUUUUAAUUUGUAAAGAAAUAAAAAUAUAUUAAGAUGUAUUUUAUGUCAUUGUUAGUAAAUAAACACUGCUUAUUUUUCCAAA